AUGUCUAUAGAGGUCACUCUGUGCCAAAAACAGUUCUAUAGUUGGUGGGUUUUUCUAUUUGCUUCCUACCCACAUACAAUGAAUAAAGACAACUUAGUGCACACUGACACAAACAUGAAAAUCAUCCUGUUCUCUGAAGUGAGUGUUGGGAUCUCAGCUAAUGGUAUCCUUUUUUUUGCCAAAAUCUGCAUACUCCUUGGUGGGAACAGGCCUAAGCCCAUUGAUCUCUACAUUGCUUUCUUGUCCCUAACCCAACUAAUGCUGCUUACAACUAUGGGACUCAUAGCCAUGGACAUGUUUAUGCCUUGGGGGAGAUGGGGUUUUAACACAUGCCAAUCACUUAUCUGUUUGCACAGCCUUCUUUGGUGCCUCACCCUUUGUGCAGCCUGCCAGCUGAAUGUCCUUUGGACCAUCACUCUUAGUCCUGGAAACUCCUGUUUAACAAAGUUUAAACAUAAAUCUCCCCAUCACAUCUCAGGUGCCUUUCUUUUCCUCUGUGUUCUCUAUAUGUCUUUCAGCAGUCACUUCUUCAUAUCGAUUAUUGCUACCCCUAACUUGACCUCAGAGAGCUUUAUGUAUGUUACUCAGUCUUGCUCACUUCUACCCAUGAGUUACUCCAGAACAAGCAUCUUUUCCACAAUGCUGUCCAUCAGGGAAGCAUUUAUAAUCUGUCUCAUGGCCCUGUCCAGCAGGUACAUGGUGGCUCUCCUACGGAGGCACAAGAAGCAGGCUCAGUAUCUUCACAGCACCAGACUUUCUUCAAAAGCGUCCCCAGAGCAAAGGGCCACCAGGACCAUCAUGCUGCUCAUGAGCUUCUUUGUGGUUCUCUGCACCUUGGACACUGUUGUCUUUUACUCAAGGAUGAUGUUCAAGGAUGGCCCAAUAUUCUACUGUGUACAAAUUAUUGUGGCCCAUAGCUAUGCCACAGUCAGUCCUUUUGUGUUUAUUUGCAAUGAAAAGCAUGUAGUUAAGUUUUGGAGGUCAAUGUGUGGCAGCAAAAUAAAUAUUUGA